ACUAUAAAUAGAUGACCACAAUCUACUUUGGCUCCCCGCAUUUCUGCAAUACGUAAUGAUAACGCCAACGAUUUAAGGAACAGAGCCCUACCUUCGGUCUGUAUAUAUAUCCAAUCCGAUAUCAAGGUAAACCUUGUCCUGUUAUCUGCCAAGGAAACCUCCUCGAACUGUAGCCAUGGAGGCCAAGGUCGGCUAUAGUUUCCUAGGAAAGACCGGAGUGAAGGUUUCCAACAUCUGCCUCGGCACAAUGACAUUCGGCACCACCGACAAGGGACCCAUGGGACUGUUCUUCAGUAACCCGAAACAAACGGACGAGGCGGCAUCGCACAAAAUCAUGGACAGAUACGUUGAACUCGGUGGAAACUUCAUCGACACCGCCAACAUCUACUCUUAUGGAAACUCCGAGAAGAUCAUCGGAACCUGGCUCAAAAAAAAAGAACGCGAUGACAUCAUAUUGGCAACGAAGGUAAGGUUCCCAAUGGACAUGGCUAAACUGACCAAUGGCAAUGGCCUGAGCAGACGACACAUCAUCGAGAGCUGCGAGGCCAGUCUGGAGAGGCUGCAGACGGACUACAUCGACCUGUAUCAGGCUCACAUGUGGGACAACGCUACGCCCGUGGAUGAGACCUUGCGCGCGUUCGACGAUCUCGUGCGCUCCGGCAAGAUCCGUUACUAUGGUUACAGCAAUGUGUGUGGCUGGCAGCUGCAGAAGAUCGUAGAGACGGCGAAACACAUGAAUCUGAGUCCUUGCGUAACAUUGCAGCAACAAUACAGCCUGCUACGGCGUGACUCGGAGCUGGAGGCGUUUAUGGUGUGCCAGAACGAGGGCAUCGGCGUGUUGCCAUGGAGCCCACUCAAGGGUGGUAUGCUGACGGGCAAGUUCAAGCGAGAGGAGACGCCUGACCCAGCCGGAAGUAGGGCCGGCUACAUGGCGGCCAAGAAGAGCGAGGGCAAGACGACGUUUAGCAACUGGGACGAGUUUAACAAUGACGAUAACUACUGGAAACUCAUCGAUAUAAUAAAGAAAAUCGCCGAAAAGAAAGGCAAGUCAGUGGCCCAGGUGGCGGUUCGUUGGCUGAUACAACAGGAAACGGUGUCCUCCGUGAUCAUCGGCUGCACGUCGCUACAGCAACUCGAGGACAACAUGGGCGCCUCUACCGGCUGGGAGCUCUCCAACGAGGAGAUGAAGGAGCUGUCGGACGCUGCCCCGCUGAACAAGCCCUACCCAUACGACAUGAUCUGGGGCUGGGCCCAGAGCACGAGGAACAACGCAUUCGCCAGGUCCAACAAGCUACCAUAACGUACUAGAGACAACGUGGGUGUCUGACACAUAUGGAGUGCGAAUACAAUCAUAUAUUAUACUGUGAUAUGCUGACACACUCUUGCUUUUUCGCUUCUAUUGACAAUUAAGAACGACAAUUGUUCCGCCGCCAAUUAACUGCAUUCGUUGCAUUCUGUUUGAUUUGUCUAAAAACAGAAGAGUGUAAAACUUCGAUUAUUUCUACUUAUUUAUGUGCCAUGAUGUUCUCUUAAACUAAUGAUAGUAAAUCGUUUGAAUAUAUAUGUAGAAUUUAUACGCAAAAUAAAAAGUAGAUUUUUGUUAAA